CAGGAGGAGUUGGCGGGCAGCCCUGGACCCUUCUGGCCCCGGCCAGAUCCUGCUGGCCUGAGGACACUAGGAGAGAUGCCCUGGGCCAUCCUGCUCCUCGCAGCCGGCUCCUUGGCCAUCCCAGCGCCUUCCAUCUUCUUGGUGCCCCCCUACCCAAGCAGCCAAGAGGACCCCAUCCACAUCUCGUGCAUAGCCCCCUCGACUUUCCCAGGGGCGAACUUCACGCUGUACCAAGGGGGACAUGUGAUCCAGCUCCUGCAGGCCCCUGCAGGUGAGCCAGGGGUCACAUUCAAUGUGAGCAGCAGCGGCAUGAGCAGCGGGGCUCCCAGUGGGCACUUCCGCUGCCAGUACGGUGUGAUGGGUGAGCACAGCCAGCAGCAGCUGUCGGACCUCAGCCAGCCGGUGCAGGUCUCCUUCCCAGUUCCCACUUGGAUCCUGGCGCUCUCUCUCAGCCUGGCCGGAGCCUUCCUCCUCCUCACUGUGCUGGUGGUCUCUGCCGUGGUGGUCAGGAGAGUUAAAGUCAAACAUUUGCAGAAAAAAAGAGAGCGGGAAUCGUGCUGGGUGCAGAUGAACUACGACAAUGCAGACAUGUCCUUCGACAACUCCCUGUUUGCCAUUUCCAUGGCAAAGAGGACCACUUCUGAGGAAGACCCAGCGACCACCUUGGAUGCCUGCCCUGGCAGUGCCAGUGCCGGGCCCCGGAAGAGGCCGACCUCCACGUCCUCCUCACCAGAGCCCCCCGAGUUCAGCACUUUCCGGGCAUGCCAGUGAGGAGGCCGAGGACUGGGGAGCCCUCUGUUCUCUCAAGAGGCCUGGAGGCUUUCGGGGGCUCAGUACUGGGAGAGGGGGGCGUUUCCAAUUCAGCUGCUGCUUUCUCAGGGAACUGAACAGGGGGAUGAUGAGGACCAGAGGACCCUCCUCCCAGAAGUGGGGGAGAGGGGUUGAAGGUGUGGCCUGGAGGUUGGACAAAAAGCAAGCAGCCCUGCUGCAGACCCCUAGCUUCUCAAAACCACCAGAAAGCCUGGUAUAGCAGUACACACCUGUCAUCUGGGUGCUGGGAGGCAGAAGCAGGAGAAUCUCUGUGAGUUCAA